AAACAAAUAUGUGAUUUGUGUAUAAUUUACCCAUAAUUAGUGUAAUUAGUGAAAACAAAAUGCAUCGGCAAACUUUAGUGGCAGGCGAGAGAGACAGUGCCAGCUCAGUGGUUGUGAGUGACAGUGAUGUUAUAAUGGAUCUGCCGGAGUUGGAGCCCUUGGAAGCGGGCGUCCCCCCUCGCCCCUACAUACCCGCUCGGUACUGCAGCAACCUCCCCAGCAGAGGUUUCUUCCGAGGCCCCCUCCGCAUCUGCAAACUGCUAGCAUUUCUGAUCCUGUUGCCUAGUCUGUUCAUCUUUAUACCACUUUACAUGAGAUACCGGGUGUUCCAGGCACAGAUGUACCCGAUGAGCAUGACCGACAUGAGACUGAUCGACAGCAAGAUAUCCCCCACCUGGUGCCAGCGGCAAGUAGUCAAAUCCAACACAACCUUCAAUGCCUUCGUGAUGCCUGGACCUCCACAGCUCUCUGAAGACCUGGUGCCUGUCUCCAUGACCAGGGAACUGGAGUUGGAAGACGACAUGAAGGAGUACUGGGGGUUCUAUCUGCUCAAAGGAUCUACGGUCACGGUGUCUGCUUGUGUCAACCACCCCGGAGCGUCUCUCAUCAUGAUCAAAGGCUACAAACAUCUUAAAGACUGCGCGUACAUCGGUGACGAUUCCUCAGAAGAAGUAGACGAACUUCUAGAAGCUAAUAAGCUGGGCCAACUAUCAGAUACCAUUCUAGCUGACAAAAUACUGAAGUUGCUUGAUAAAGACCUCCCGCUGGCAGGAACAAACUUGCCUGGGAAGAUUCAAGAAGACCUCCAGCUGUCUAACUCAAACUUGCUUGGGAAAAUUCUAGAGCUACUGGAAGCCAAAAAGUCAGGACAACUUUCUGAUAAGAUUUUGGUGGAAAGGAUGCAGGAGUUGACGAGUAAUGGAAAAACUAAUCAUCCUGGCACAAUGAAGCGCCACAAGGCAGGCGUCAGCUUCUUGGACCGCGAUCGACACACCAAUAACGUGACGUCAUCCGAAUCCGUACCCGCUGCCGACGUCACAGACCACGAUCCCAAGGAACUCCGUGAAAUCCUGGAAAGUCUGCACGCACAACGCCAAGCAGCGAAAACGGAAUCGUUUAAGAACUACCAGCCUCCGGGUAAUCUGAUAUCACUGAAGACCGCAAAACAACGGCAUCGAGACACCAACGUUGAUAAGGAGGAGAGAAAAUGGAUUUCGUUCAAUGAUCUCAAUGCAAACACCAGCGACCAGAGCUCCAACAUUGCAACUACAAAAACAGAAAGCAAAACAUCUAAAAUUGGUGAAACGACCCCACAAAAAUCUACAACACCGUCUUUAAUAAAUACCACACCCACUAAGGAAGAAGUUAUCCAAGUAACAACAACAGAAGAGUAUACAGAAGAAAAAAAUAUAUUACAAACAGAAACAAAGAAUGUGAUAACAACAAAUCAGCCUUAUGUAAGAAUUGAAGUGAAAAGUGAAAAAUAUUUGAAAGAUGGUGCAAACAUUGACGUGGAACACACAGCCGACACCCAAGAGCCUAGCUCUCGGGAAGUGUUCGAGAAUAUCCUGCAUCAGCUUCAGGGCCUGGGUCCGCGAGGCACCAGGGUCCUCAAACGGCUCCACAAAACCAUGGGCGUGGAUUAUCCGCAACAGGGUCACGUGGCUAAUAUAAUGGGGGCUGUGAAAGGCAGCGAGGAGGAGCUGGACCGGCUCAGGAAGGUGCUGGUGGAAGCAAUUGAUGAAGAAAAAACGCGUCCUGAACGACGGCAAAAGAGGCAUGACGCGAGGGAAGAGGCUCGAGCGAAGCGAGAUCUCAUGUUGGGGCAGAUCGAAAUACAGAAGGAAUUCAACGAGGAUGAUGAAGCGCGGAAUAAUGCUGCUGAGGAGGACGUGCAACCAGACGGCUACGCCGACCACCACGAGGUCAUCAACGAGACGACUCCCUUCGACAUGAGCAACUCGGAGUACUGGUCCUCGUUCUCCAGCUCUGAGGAACGGCUGCUGCAGUGCGACGGCCUGAUCCUCAACCUGCCCAUGACCCCUCAUAGAUCCUGCGUGAAGAAUGCUGAUGAGGCGCAGAGCGCGACUGCUGCUAAAGCUAACGCGCUUACAUACAGGGUGCCAGCUAAUGGCUACUACUUCUUCGUAUUCAACUCUGAGAACGAGCGGCAGAAGAACUUCAUCCGAGCCAAGUUCGACCUGCAGAAGACCAGGUACGAGGUGGCGCAGACGGCGCUACGAGAGUGCCGGAACAGCACGCAGCGGUGCGACCUGCUGCUCGAUAUCUUCUCCAGCCAGAAGGUGGUUCUAGAAGUCCCCCUACGCAACAACGACUCCCUCUGGAACGAGCAAUUUGUGAUCGUGUCCGAAUGCGAACCCAGGACCUCCAUAUACCUGGCCUGCGUCGUAGCUGUGCCUCUGCUCAUCAUGAUAUUUGCCUUCCAAUAAGGCGAUGAAAUAAAAAA